CCCGACAGCCGCCCGCCCGAGUGCAUCGACCAGAAGUUCAAGCGGUGUCCCCCCCUGCCCACCACCAGCGUCGUCAUCGUCUUCCAUAACGAAGCGUGGUCGACGCUGCUGCGGACGGUGUACAGCGUCCUGCACGCCUCCCCCGCGCUGCUGCUCAAGGAGAUCAUCCUGGUGGACGACGCCAGCACCGACGAGUACCUGAAGGCCGAGCUGGAUCGCUACGUGGAGCAGCUGCAGAUCGUGCGCGUGGUGCGGCAGGAGGAGCGCAAAGGCCUCAUCACGGCACGGCUCCUGGGGGCCAGCGUGGCCAGUGGCGAGGUCCUGACCUUCCUGGAUGCCCACUGCGAGUGUUUCCACGGGUGGCUGGAGCCCCUCCUGUCCCGCAUCGCCGAGGAGCCCACAGCCGUCGUCAGCCCCGACAUCGCCACCAUCGACCUCAACACCUUCGAGUUCUCCAAGCCGCUGCAGAACGGGAAGCAGCACAGCAGGGGCAACUUCGACUGGAGCCUGACUUUCGGCUGGGAGCUGGUGCCUCCCCGUGAGAGGCAGCGCAGGAAGGACGAGACCUUCCCCAUCAAGUCCCCGACCUUCGCCGGUGGCCUCUUUGCCAUCUCCAAGUCCUACUUUGAGCACAUUGGCUCCUACGAUGAUCAGAUGGAGAUCUGGGGUGGGGAGAAUGUGGAAAUGUCCUUCAGG